AUGCCCAAAUACUACUGUGACUAUUGCAAGUCAUAUUUGACCCACGACACCAUGAGUGUGCGGAGGUCCCACUUGAUGGGAAGGACCCACAUCCGGUUGUACUGUGACUACUACGAGGCCAAAGCCAAGGAGACUGGGAUCUGGAACCCUGACGACAUGGACUACGAGGUCAGGUUGGACUAUUUGAGCCGUGGUGCUCCCGGCAGCGAGCCUGUGCCCAAACAUGAGAGUGCUGGCGUCAUCUGGGAGGGCAAUGACGAGAGCGUGUUUGCGGAGGAGGGACUGAAGGUCAUGCAGUUGCCCCCACCACCCAAUUUGAGUGGGUUUCCCAACCCGCCUCCCUCGGUGCUCCGGACCGUGGAGGAAAGCCAGCGUGCAGUGUUCGCCCACCAGAAGAAAGAAGAUGAGUGA